UAUGUGAUUUUGCGAUUAGUUUGGGACCAUUGGAAUGGAUGCUUUGUACAUAAGUAACUAUCGUGUGUACUAGAAACACGCAAAACCUUAACAUAGAAACUGAAAUAUCCUUGUCUAGCAGUAUAUCACCCUUCAGAAGUAUAGACAGUUCACAUCUAGAACAAUUCUAGACGUACGGCAUAUAAAACGUGUUUUUGUUGCAACGAGAGGAUUUCUGUUCACGCAGUGUCGUCUGUUGUUUCACCGUUCUCACAGAUUUCCUGUUGCAAUGCAAAUUUAUGCUAUUUGCUUAAGCAAGACUCGCUCUCUCAAAAUUAAAAUGCUGAAACAUUUUUGUACAACAAUCUGAGUGUACCCGCUCACCUUAAGGACGAUGAAUACCAUGUGGGGAAAGUGGGGGCUCCUCCUACAGUACCCCAGACCUAAACUAGUUACCCCGCAUAGAGUGGCAUGUCACCUCCCAAUCCUCUCUCCCGCAACAUCGGAUAACAAGCUCCAUCACCCGCUAACUCUCCAAUUCUCAACUGCCGAACAUCCUGACAGAGCUACGCUAACCACCAAGUUCCUCCUUCGAUCGCCAGAAUCCUCAAAUCCGAAAGAACAAUAUGUAAAUCCAUUCCAUCGUCCCUCUUCUCUUUCUUCCUCUUCCACACCCACUUCUUCUUUCCCACCUCCCAUAGAAAUCUAUCGCUGCAUCAUGGCCUUGGACUCCCUCCUCAACUUCCCCCCAUAUAUAUGGCUCUGCCUGAUCCUAGCCCUCCCAACAUACACCCUUCUCUACGAUAUUUACACAUGGUCCCGCAUGCCCCCAGGCCCCCUCCCAGUCCCUUUCCUCGGAACCCUCACACUGCCCCGGACGCAACCAUGGCUGCAAUUCGAAAAAUGGAGCAAAAUCUACGGCCCCAUCUUCACAAUCUGGAUCGGACGGAAACCCACCAUUGUCAUCUCAGACCCCAUUAUAGCAGCCGAGUUGCUGGAGAAGAGAAGCAACAAGUAUUCCUCGCGCCCGCGCAUGGUCGCCAUGGGCGAGAUCCUGUGGGAUAACGCCAGCGUGCUGGUGCAGCCGUAUGGGAAAGAAUGGAGUAUCCGUAGGAAGCUGCUGCAUCAGGCGCUCACGCCCAAAUCGCUGCGGCUGUACAAACCCGUCCAGGAGGCCGAAGCGACGCGUCUGUGCAACGAACUCUUGCUAUCGCCGAUGCGCUGGGAGAAGCUGCUGGAGCGCUUCACAUCGAGCGUCGUGUUCUGUGUGGCAUAUGGCCAUCGCAUCGAUUCUCUCGACGCCGGAGUGAUUGGGCAACGGUUCAAAUUCAUGCAGUACUCGGCCUCGCUAAACGUCCCGGGGAAAUACAAAGUCGAGUCGUUCCCGAUACUAAAGUACAUCCCGGAUGCGCUGGCGCCGUGGAAAGCGGAAAUCAAAGCCCACGGCCGCGAAGAAGCAGCCGCGAAUAUGGCGCUGGUAGAUCUAGUCCGGAGCGACAUGGCGAACGCGCAAGCGAGCAAAUCCUCGAUCACAGACUCGCUGUGUAAACAGCUCCUGGAGCUGCGCGAGAAGGAAGAUAUCCCGCUUUCCGACCGCGAUUUCUCCUUCAUCCCCGCGUCGCUGUUCGGCGCGGGAUCGGAUACUACGGCGUCGACGCUGUGUUCUGCGUUUCUGGCGCUCGUCACGCAUCCUCACAUACUUGGAGUUGCUCAUGCUGAACUCGAUGCUGUCAUCCCCCUAUCCGCUUCCCGCACCCCAACAUUCGCCGACGCCCCCUCCCUCCCCUACCUAACCGCCCUAGUCAAAGAAGUCCUCCGCUGGCGGCCCGUCGCAGUCCUAGGCGGGACCCCACACGCCACGACAGCGCCAGACAUAUACAACGGGUACCACAUCCCCUCCGGCACGACCAUCCUAGGGAACUCGUGGUCCAUCAACCUCAACGAGAAAUACUACGCGAACCCGCAUGACUUCAAUCCGAGCCGCUUCCUUGGCUCUUCCGCCGAGCUAGAGAAAUCUAGAAGAGGAGGAGAGAAGGGUGAGGAGCCCGAGUUGAUGCAGCAUCCUUCGAAAGCUGGUCACUCGUCAUUCGGUUGGGGAAGGCGUAUUUGCCCCGGGGCUGAUCUUGCGUCGAAUAGUCUCUUCAUUGCUCUUGCCAAGAUGCUUUGGGCGUUUGAUAUUGAGGCGUUGGAGGGGGAGGAGUACGAUAUUUUUAGGUAUACCGAUGGGUUUAAUAUUCGGCCGCAGAGCUUUAGGUGUAAGAUCAGCGUGAGAAGUGAGGCGCAUAGGGAGGUGUUGGAGAGGGAGUUGGUGGGAGAAGGGGUUGAAGGAGUCUUGAGAAGAUUUACGGCUUUUGAGUAG